AAUACUGAACUCAAUCGUGUAUAUAUAUGUUUAUAUUCGCAUAUUAUCUGCUGCGAACAAUACAUUUCUCUCCUGUUGCUGCGUUGAUGAGGCUUCCAGAGAUACUUUUCUGUUGAUCUCGAUAAGACAGAACAGUGUUGUUCUCUAGUGUUAAAUGUGCAAGAAUGGGUGAUUCUGAGGCUGAAAUAAAUUUGUGCUCAAUUGGUGAACCUAAGCUACAUGGAGGAAUGUGCAAAAUUCUUUCUGAUAUUUAUGUCAAAGUGCUGGCCAUAUUUCCUGAUCUGGAAGCAGCCCGGCCAAGAAGCACUACCGGUAUCCAAGCAUUGUGUACUCUGCACAUAGCCCUUGAAAAGACAAAGAAUAUUCUUCAGCACUGUGCUGAAUCCAGCAAGCUUUACCUGGCAAUAACAGGAGACUCUGUUGUACUUAAACUUGAGAGAGCAAGAUCUGCUUUACACGAUGGUUUGCACCGGGUUGAAGAUAUAGUUCCACAAACCAUUGGCUGUCAGAUUUCUAAAAUUCUAAGUGAACUAGAGGGUAUUGAGUUCUCAAUUGACCCCACCGAGAAACAAGUCGGUGAUGAUAUAAUUGCAUUACUUCAGCAAGGAUGGAAGUUCAACAGCAAAGAGAAUGACAACAAUGAACUUGAAACCUUUCAUCAAUCUGCCUCUAGACUUGGUAUCGCAUCUUCACGUGCAAUUCUUAGAGAAAGAAGGGCUUUGAGAAAAAUCAUAGAAAGAGCACAGGCUGAUGAAGACAAAAGGAAGGAAUCAAUCGUUGCGUACCUAAUGCACCUAUUAAGCAAAUACUCCAAAUUGUUCAGAACUGAAGUCUCCGAUGACAAUGAUUCACAAUGUUCAACCCCUUGUUCUCCAACCAUUCAGGGAUUUCUAGAAGGCCAUGCUCAAUCCUUUGAUCAACGACCACUUUCAAAGCCAAAUUCUUUUAAUUUUAAACCGAAUUUUGGGAGAUCUAUACCAGACCAAAUACCUACUCCUCCGGAAGAGUUGAGGUGUCCAAUCUCAUUGCAGCUAAUGUAUGACCCGGUGAUAAUUGCAUCUGGUCAGACAUAUGAAAGGAUUUGCAUUGAGAAGUGGUUUGAUGACGGGCACAAGACUUGCCCUAAAACUCAACAGGAGCUUCCUCAUCUCGGUUUGACUUGCAAUUACUGUGUGAAAGGUCUGGUUGGUAGUUGGUGCGAACAGAAUGGACUUCCUAUUCCGGAUGGUCCACCCGAAUCUCUUGACCUCAACUAUUGGAGGCUGGCAUUCUCUGAGAACGAAUCUUCAAAUUCCAUUUCGGGCGAAAGCAAUGGAUCCUGCAAGUUAAAGGAUGAGAAGGAUAAUGAAUGCCAGUGUAAUGCCUUUGAAAGAUAUGAUGAUAUUCUGACCACUUUAAAACAAGAGGUCAAUUUAACAGAGAAGUGCAAAGCUGUAGAGCAGAUUAGGAAUAUGGUGAAGGACGAUGUAGAAGUGAGAAUAUAUAUGGGGGCAAAUGGUUUUAUUGAGGCUCUGAUGCUGUUUUUGGAGUCUGCUCUUGAAGCUAGGAAUGGAAUGGCUCAGGAAAUUGGAGCAAUGGCGCUCUUUAACCUUGGUGUUGAUAAUAACAGAAACAAAGGGAUGAUGUUGGCAGCUGGUGUACUUCCAUUACUGGAAAAAAUAAUAGCUGCUGAUUCCUCCUCCACCUCAAUCCCUGCCUCAACUGCCCUUUGCCUGAACCUUUCCUCUCACGAAGAAGCCAAACUCGCCAUGGGAGCCAGCAAAGUCGCCGUGCCUUUCUUGAUCCGGGUCCUUCGCCGCGACACAGCGGGCCCCACCCAGUGCCAGCUGGAUGCCCUUCAUGCACUCUUCAACCUCUCCACCAACCCAACCAACAUACCACACCUCAUGUCGUCCGGGGUAAUUGACGGUCUUGUCCCUGUGUUGUCACACUCUGGUGACUGUUCCUGGGUCGAAAAAUGUGUCGCGAUAAUCAUAAACCUGGCAUCGAAUACCCCUGCUACAGAUGAGAUCAUCUCGAAGCCGGGCCUGAUAAGCGGGCUCUCGUCCAUCUUGGACUCGGGUGGGCCCACGGAACAGGAACAAGCUGCAGCAUGUCUGGUGAUGCUCUGCAGCAAGAACGAAAAGUGCUGCGAGAUGGUCCUACAAGAAGGGGUAGUCCCUUCUUUGGUGUCAAUAUCUGUGAAUGGGACAGCGAGAGGGAAACAGAAAGCCCAGAAGCUGUUGAUGCUGUUCCGGGACCGGCGGCACCGCCAGAAGGAACCCCCUCGAGGGGCUGUUAUUAGCACGCAGCCGCCACCGCCGCCGCCGGAGAGCAAUUAUCCGGCGAAGCCUGGAGACACUCCAAAGCCACUGUGCAAGUCGGCCUCGAAAAGAAAACUAGGAAAAGCUCUGAGUUUUUUGUGGAAGAACAAGUCUUUUUCUGUAUACCAGUGUUAGAUUGUUCUGACUGGCCUGUAAAUCACUGUUUUGAAGGGCAUGUCUAGGUGCUCUGUCACAUUCUAGCUUGCCCUUUAUAAGGGCAAGNCCACACCCCCACCAAAAAAAGUUAGAUGUUCCCACUUUGACUUUUCCUCAUUUUUAAGAAGCAUUGACUAAGGGAGUAAAUAUACUAAAAUACCCUUA